CCUCCCAUGCCUGUCUGCAGAAGCAGUUUUGAAUUUAGGAGCGCCAAGAUGGCAGCGGCAAACCCUGGCGGCUCUCCGAUUAUGCAGGAUGAAAUUAUUCGGUCAGCAAGACACUUGCUGCAGUUGCUUACAUCAUCCAACCAAACUCCUGCUGUUGCUGCUGCGAUGAAUCAGAAUACAAGAGAACAGAGUCAAGGUGGCCAGGGUACCAGCUUGGUCAACCCUGAAAGACCAUCCCUUCAGCAAGAAAUGACCAGGUCUUUUCCUGGUAUUUUCUCAAGAGGAAAGGGGAAAAGGCGAUUCCCUGCUACAUCUCUGGUGCCUGCUAAGAAGCCUAAACCUCUUGAAGUGGUAUUUUAUUUGCUCCCAAAACAAAUGGAGAAGACCCCAACAGAACAUGAAAAAUAUAUCCACACACAGGCAGGGAUGGGUCAAAGAACAGCACAUCUUGAUGAGAGCACAACACAUGAAGAGUUAAGGGACGCCCUGAAUGAUUUGUUUCCCAAACUGAAGGAGGUAACAGGUGGCUGGCUGCUGUUCAAACCUGGGGGUGGUUGGGGAACCCGAAAACUCUCUCUGGUUCCUCCAGCUGAUAUUGGCUAUACAGGGACAAUCCUAAAGGCUGCCAGUCGUGGGGGUAAAAAUGUAUAUAUUGCUCCUAUUCAAGAGGAACUUAGCAAUGACCCUGUACCACUAAGCGAUGAGUCCUUCAGAUGCAUGCCAAAAGCAAAAUGCCAGAAGUGUGGCAUAGGUGUUCCACUGCAACUUCUGUCAGAACACCUAAAAUCCUGUCCUCCUUUGGAAACUCCCAGUGAAAGUACUGUGGUGAAUUUAGAUGGUGAUGAACCUACAGAAAAGGAAUCACCAUUGCAGCAGUGUCCUGUCUGCACAGAUAUGUUUCACUCUGACCUCAUUGAGCUGCAUGCCUCUUCAUGUGGAGAAAGGUAUUUAGCAACAAAAAUUGCAAUUUUUAUUGUCAUUGGAUUUAAGCCUUGA